UUCUUUCAUUUCAUGUCCGAAUUAUUUUACCACAGGGCUCAGUUCGAUAAAGCUGUACUUUACAUUGCUUACUAUGAUUAGCUUUAACCAGAAUGCAGUAAGUUUGCUUUGUAUCUUAGUUGGAUUUGUUUACUCACAAAGAAAUUUAGAUGAUGUGUGCAUUGUACAAUCGACUGGUUUACAAGGCGUUUGUAAAUUAAUUAAAGACUGUCCAAGUGCACAGAAAAAGCUCCAGCAGCAUCAUCUACCUCAGAUUUGCGGUUUUCACAGAUUCGACCCGAUAAUUUGCUGUCCAAGUGUAGCGACGCGAAAACCAGGCGAAAUCAGUAAAAAAAAAUGUGAAGAAUAUUCUGCAUAUGUAAAUGAAACUUAUAUACCUCCAAUCGGAUUAAUAGAUGCUGAGCCAGUAACAAGUUAUGAAAAAACAUUUAAAGCUAAAUUAUCUAAAAUGACGAUUCAUCUUUCGAAAAUAACUUAUUGGGGAGACGCUAAAUGGGUAAAACUUGGCGUUACCAGAUUAAACAGCACUCAUAGAAAAAGACAACAUAUAGAAGUAGCCGAAUUAAUACCACAUCCUAAGUAUAAGUCAGCGUCUCAUUACUAUGACAUUGGAUUACUAAAAUUGAAAAAGUUAGCUGAAUUAAAUUCCUUCUCACGACCAGCAUGCCUAUACUCAAAAGAAGAGAUUACAGCCGAAAAAGCUAUAGCAACCGGUUGGGGUCAAACGGAGUUUAGUAGAACACCCAAUAAUGAUCUGCUUAAAGUAACUUUAGAACUCACUGAUCAUAACACCUGCACUCAUAUUUAUAGACGUACUGGGAGAAAAUUAAGAAAAGGGAUUUUAUCCAAGAGCCAGUUCUGUGCUGGGUCCCAACUAGGAAAUGACACCUGCCAGGGAGAUUCCGGAGGACCCUUGCAAAUAUAUCACAUCCAUGACGACAUUAAAUGUAUGUACGACAUUAUCGGUGUAAUAUCAUUCGGUAAAGGUUGUUUUGGCAGUCCGGGGGUGUACACGAGAAUAUCAUAUUACUUAAAGUGGAUUGAGGAUAUUGUUUGGCCAUAAAUUUGCCUAUGUACUGUAAAUGCUCAACUAAGAGAAAGUCCAAAGAGUUAUAACAACUAUUAAUACACUAUAAUAAGUUGAACAUUGUGAAAAUUGUGUUG